CCCCACCCUGCCAGUUGCACCGACCGCGGCGAGUUUCAGGCACGAAAGGGGAAGAAGAUUGUAGGGAGAAGUAUGUGUCACCACAACACGUGAUCGAUGACAUUUCGUCAUAGAACCGGUCUUCGUGCUCCGCGCCGCUGCAAAUUCGACAAAGUGAAAUUCCGCAUGCAGCGUUGUAUGUAAAGAUGCAUACCCCUGUCCACGGGCCUAUAAGGCCCAUGCUCGUUUAUGCUUUGUGUGUCUGCACUCGCACUCUAUCAACCCAAUGGCAACCGCUCUGGCUCUUUUCACCUUUCUUCUUCUUGCCUACAGUGUUUACUCAGCGCCCAUCCCGCAAAAUGUAUCUGAUGGUUGCAACGAUCUCCGGAAUUGCCGAACGAUGUGGGGCCUCGUCUAUGGUUGUCUCCUUACCGUCUUUGCUUGCGUUUGGACGGCGGUACACCCAAAUGUACCACAGCACGACGGUGAUAUCUGGUCGUUUUCAUCGCAUGUUGGUUUGAUGAUGGCUUCACUGGUUUCGCCGGAGUGGAUUCUGGGGACUGCAUGGCGCCAAUUCAUGUUGUCUCGCAGAGUGUCAAAAAAAUACAAGAUGGUUGAAGGAUGGACCUUGACCCAUUCAUACUUUGUCGUCAUGGAUGGUUUCUUCGACCCAUCAAAAGGAAAGGUGGUGGUCCCGGAGAAGUUGCAGAAAUAUCCUGGCAUAAUUGAGAAGACGGGGAAUACUAGAAAGGCCGCAAUCACAAGGAAGGAAAUUCUCGACAGAAGCAAAGGCGAUGCGAUUUCCAAAUGUCUCGUCGUCCUCCAAUUACUAUGGUUUAUCAUUCAAUACGUCGGACGAUGGGGAACCCACUUGAACAGAUCGCAACUCGAGACGAUGACGCUCGCGUAUGCAGCAUUAAGUGUCUUUGUUUAUGUGCUGUGGUGGAAUAAACCCGUUAACAUUCAAUGCGCAAUCCAUGUAACAAAAGAGACGUCCGACAAGAAUCUCGAUCAACCAACGCCUAAAACGGAGCUUCAAGUUGACGCAGAUCUCGUGCAGCUGUCUGGGCCCCAGGAGACGGAAGUCCUAUUCAUAUUUGCAGUCACUGGGAUGAUCUUUGGGGGAAUCCAUUGCUUUGCAUGGUCGUUUCCCUUUCCGACACACACAGAGAUGAUUCUAUGGCGGGUUUCAGCGAUAUAUAUUACAGUGGCUCCUGUCGUUGCGAUGUUUGUCGGAUGGGUCGCCGAUCAAGUCGGUGAGGCAAUCGGUGCAGGUGUGAUAUUGGUACCUAUUUCAGUUGUUUACGCCUGUGCGCGGGUCAUCCUCUUUGUUCUCACCUUCAGUUCUUUGCGUUCACCUCCACCUGAUCUGUACCAGACCCCGUCUUGGUCGUCUUUUCUCCCGCAUCUUGGAUAGCUGUGCAUGUACCGGCCGCGCUCCCGGUUAAAAUCGUGUUUUACAUGAUCCAGGAGACAGCACAAGUUAUGCGUGAACAAACGCCUCUUGCAUUCCGUCUGCUCUUUACAUCUCCGAAUACAUCAUUCCUUUCCCCACCUCACCCCAUAUUCUUUGCCUCCUCGUACUGCAUGUGAACUAGGAACUCGGGCUAGGACCUCCUGGAAGAUUAUGUCACAUCGUGAUCAAACUGGGUGUUGCGCUUGCGCUAGUUGUCGGGAGCAUUUUUGGAUGCCCCAGCUGGUCAAAGUACCGGGACCUUAAACGGAUUCGGAUGAGCAUCGUACAGUUUCUGUCCGCCUUUCCGCCCUUUCGUUUUCGAGGUCUUUACGGGAGCAAGUUCGUCUACUUCGACUACUUCUACUGACCAAUUAGUUCCAUCACAGAUGAAAAGGCCGCGUCAUUCUUGAAACCUCUGUCGGAGAGAUAGAGAGGGGUGUUCC